UAAAAUACCUUCCACGAACAAACGAGAUCCAAGCAACCAACAAAACCCCGCACAAUAUUCGUAUAUAACAAAGAACACGCAGGUCACGUUUUGUCAAGUUGCAAAUAUUGAUGGCAUCUACUUCGAUCAGUCAGAGAAUUCCAAAAAGAAUGGAUUUUGACUCCGCACUAGAACACAUUGGGGGAUUUGGCCGCCAUCAACUACGCAUCUAUUUCGUAGUGAGUCUCAUCUCUCUUCCCCUUGCUGCUCAAAUGCUGAUUGUUGUUUUCGUUGGAGCAGUCCCGGAGUGGAAAUGCCCUUCUCCAGAAGGCGACAUUUUACAUUGCAACUCCAGCCACGCACGUUGUUGUGUUAAGGAUGGUUCUAUUUGUCCCGGAGCAGAAUUUUCCACGGAGUUCACAUCCAUCGCGACAGAAUGGAACUUAGCGUGCACGCAUCGCUACAAAUGCGAGCUAAGUCAAUCGAUCUUUGUGGCUGGGUACAUGUUCGGAGUUCUAAUCUUCGGUAUUUUGUCAGACAAAUAUGGCCGACGUAAGCCGUGGCUUUUCGCUUAUAUAGUUGGAGGUGUUUUAGCACUGAUGUCUGCAUUUGUGGGGACCUAUGAAGAGUACAUCGCUUUGCGAUUCGCUAUGGGUGUUAUGAAUGGCGGAGGAGGCCUUAUCACUUACGUGCUAUCGACAGAAUCAAUCGGUCCUUCUUAUCGAGGAUCAGCUGGCACUUGGCAGCAGGCAUUCUAUGCUGUUGGUUAUGUAGUUUUGGCACUCGAAGCUUAUUUCAUCCGUGACUGGCGGACUUUGACAGUAAUUACAAUUCUUCCAUCUUUCAUUAUUUUGUUGGUUUUCAAAAGUAUUCCAGAAUCUCCAAGAUGGCUAGCAUCCCAAGGAAGAAUAAAAGAAGCCGAAAACAUUCUGAGGAACAUAGAGAAGGAAAAUGGCUCCAACAAAAAUGAGGUUAUAUUUCUUAAAACAGACACGACUAAAGAAGACACUAAAACCUCCCAGUAUGGAGUAAUUGACUUAUUUACUCACAAGUCCGUAUGCAUUGUCACGGUCAUUAUGAUGUUUACAUGGUGCGUGAACAGUAUGGUGUAUUAUGGACUUGCCCUUAAUGUUAAAAACCUUGGGGGAAGUGUGUAUAUUAACUUUGCACUUGCCAGUGUGAUAGAAUUACCAUCCUAUUUGGUGACUCAGGUUCUUCUUGCGCGGCUCGGACGAAGACAAAGCUUGUUCUUUUUUCUUCUCAGUGCCAGUGUGUCUUGUUUCCUGUGCAUGUUUCUACAAGGUGGCCAAAAUGCUGCUGCAGUAUCCAUUACUGCUCUGGUCGGCAGGUUUUGUAUCUCAGCAUCUUUCGCUCUUCUCUAUGUCUACUCAGCAGAGCUUUUUCCCACAGUUGUACGUAACGCAGGAAUGGGUAUAUCCAGUUUAUCAGCCAGGCUUGGUGGGAUUGUAGCACCUUUUAUUGUUCUGCUUGGAGAUCAACGUAACUCUCUACCUAUGUUUGUUUUCGCCUGUACUGCACUGCUUGCUGCAUUAGUGGGACUGAAACUGCGAGAGACACAAGGCAGACCAAUGCCAGAGACAUUUGCAGAGCUUGAGGAAAACCAUCCAAGGAAACCAAAGACCAAUGGUGAUCCAUAUUAGAUUGAUCUAGCCUCGAAUCAGCCAAAUGAAAAUAGCUGACCAAUUUAGUAUUUCAGUGGUUAUGUGGGUUACUUAGUCUUGUAAGGGCCGUGUGGUAGUCAGGUAAAUGAUUAAAAGGGAACCCUGCACUGCUACAUUAUAUUCAUGAUAAAGGAGUGGGACGUGUAAAUUAAUGAUAAGGAGGCCUACCUAACGAGUUGUUACAUUGUGAAUGUUGACUAACCCAAUGUACUUGCGAGCACAUGAUGGACAGUGGCGGCCAUCCGGUCUAAGAGCAAGUAGAUCUAAUGUAACUGAACAUAAAUAAAUGAAGCUACCCAGACUCUUCAAAAAUUAAGGUGUGAGUACAAAAUACACCACACAAAAAUUCUGCAAUUCAUAAGAUAUCAUGCGAGUAAAUGCAGUUAUUUAGCCAUGUCAUAAGCAUAAUGCCAAGAAUGGUUUGUAGUUCUGGUUUAUAAAGGCGACUACUGUAGUGAUUUUGAAAAAGGAUAGCUAUGAUCGCUGCAAAAUCUUGCCUGUCAAAGCCAAGCAAAUAUCAGAACUUUUACUCAGUUGAGUUAACCCCUUUCUGGGGCAGAUACAGAAGUUCAAGAUAUGGGCAGCCACAGGCGGUCCCCUGUAGGGGAGUCUGGGGGCAUCCUCCCCUGGAAAAUUUUUUAAAUUGAAGUCCUCGGAAAUAGGAUUUUUGCUCAACCAACAAAUGCGUUUUUCGCUACUGUCAAUCAAAUACACAGUGACUCCUCCCAGCUUCCAACUACUACUGAGUGCGUGGUGAUCAAAUCAAAUCGUAUAGUCAGAAGCUGGGAGGAGCCACCAAACAUUUGAUCAACUGUAGCAAAAAAUGCAUUUGUUGGUUGAGCUUUGAAUUUUAGAGUCCGCAUGAUACUGAAAAGGUGCAGUAAUGCAUUUACCGAUAAUUUUUAAAGUUCUAUGACAUUAGCUGUUUUAAUUUAAGGGGUUCAACCGAAUACCCCUCCAAACCCCCCUAAAUCCACCCCAACCUUUUAAUAAGUGCCUCUUUCAGUUCUAUUUACAAUACUUGUUUCUUGAUUUGUAGUGUCCUUAAUGUGCACAGCAGUGCUAAAUAAUGACACUUGAAUAAAGUGA